CUAAAUAUGUGACUCCUGCAUUAAGACAUGAACAUGACAAAGGGCCCUGGAGAGCGCAGCUCUGGGCUCAGCUGGGCUGUCACCAGGAAGCCACCUAGCAGCCAGAUCCUGGUAAAUGACAUUCUUGAAUGGAAACGUCAGCUUGUCUUAUGUGAAGAUUCGUUUCCAGCAGCUAAGCGGUUAAUAAGGGUGUAACAAAGAUCUUGCCUUUAACUAAAAGAUUAACAAAAGUUACCUGGAUCAUCAAGAGAAGACAUGAUCCUCUCUUCACCCCAAAUCUUCAAGGGCAGGAUCAGUCUAGCGCUGCAGGCAUGCAGGGUAAGGAUCCUGCAGGGCAGAGGCUUACAUGGGGCUGCAGCAGCUGGAACAGCAGAGGGGGACAAGAAGAUGAAGACCUUUGAUGAUUUGCCUGGACCUUCCCUUCUCACCAACCUCUACUGGUUCUUCAUCAGGGGCUACCUGCUCCACACUCAUGAGCUGCAGAUAAAGUACAAACACUAUGGACCAAUGUUCAGAUCUGUCAUCGGCCGUUAUAAGAUGGUGACUAUAACGGACCCAGAGAUUUUGGAGGUUCUGCUGAGACAAGAGGGGAAAUAUCCCAUGAGGAGCGAGAUGGACGUUUGGAAGGAUCAUCGUAACCUGAGGAGUUUGUCCUAUGGCCCCUUAACAGAGGAAGGACACAGGUGGCACAACCUUCGGAGAACCCUCAAUAAAAAGAUGUUAAAGCCAUCAGAAGCCAAAAUGUAUGCCGGGAGUAUCAACGAAGUGGUGUCUGACCUGAUAGAGAGAAUUAGGGAUCUGCGCAGAGAGAGCCCAUCUGGAAACACAGUCAAUGACAUUGCAAAUGUUUUCUACAGAUUUGCUUUUGAAGGGGUGUCUUAUAUUGUGUUUGAGACUCGGAUUGGCUGCAUGAGCAAACGGAUUCCUCUCGAGACCCAGAAAUUUAUCGACUCCAUUGGCUUUAUGCUCAAGAAUUCGGUAUAUGUCACCUACCUGCCGCCAUGGACAAGGAAGGUUCUGCCAUACUGGAAGCGCUACAUAGAGGGCUGGGACAAUAUCUAUGAUUUUGGUAAGAAGCUGGUGGAUAAGAAGAUGAGUGAGAUCCAGGCGCGGCUGGAGAGCGGGGCGGAGGUGCAGGGCGAAUACCUGACCCACCUGUUAUCUAGCGGUAACCUCAGUCUCCCGGAGGUGUACGGCAGCGUGUGCGAACUGCUGCUGGCCGGCGUGGACACCACGUCCAACACUUUAUCCUGGUCUCUGUAUCACCUGGCACAAGACCCCGAGCUCCAACAGCUCCUGCACGAGGAGGUCGCACAGGCCGUUCCAGGAUGUCGUAUCCCCACAGCAGACGAUAUCCCCCAGAUGCCCUUACUGAGGGCUGUGAUCAAAGAGACCCUGAGGCUGUACCCGGUCGUGCCAGUCAAUGGCAGGAUUAUAACUGAGAAGGAAGUAACAAUUGGAGAUUAUCAAUUUCCCAAAAAUACUCUCUUUGUUCUGAACCACUAUGCCAUCUCCCGGGAUGAGAAGAACUUUGAGCAGCCAGAGAGGUUCCUACCCCAACGAUGGUGGCGAGGUGGAAGUAUGAAGCACCACCCGUUCAGCUCCAUUCCAUUUGGCUUUGGGGUCCGAGCCUGCGUUGGCAGGAGGAUUGCUGAGCUGGAGAUGCACUUGGCCUUAGCGCGGAUAAUUAAGAUGUUUGAGGUUCACUACAACCCCCAAGGGGAGGAAAUAAAACCAAUGGCAAGAAUUGUUCUUGUGCCCAGCAAACCCAUUAAUCUGGAGUUCGUGGAAAGAUGACAUGGACUGGUGUGGAGGUUCCUACUCCGGGUCUGAGAGGUCCCCGGUCAGGACUCAACCUGAAAAAUGUGAAAUUACAAUAAAAGUAAAAUACAAAA